UGUGAAAGUUUAAAGCCAAAUAAAAAAUUGUCUCUUCUUUAUCUCUAAUAAAUUAUGUUGGUAUACAUUCAUUAUUUCUGUUCAAGUGGAGUUCAGACUCUUAACAGGGGUAGAACUCAUCUUAUGUGAGGAAACCAAGAGGAGUUUAUUUGUUCCUUGCCAGCCAAUAUGAAUAGAAGGAGAAGGGGAGGCUCUCCCCUGGUCUUUGAAAAAGGCACCCAGAAGGCGUAGGUAUCACCAGGGAGUUGGAGGAAAGGGUGCAGUUUCUUGUAGGAAAUGUGUAUGGGAGAAGCAACAUGUACAGGAACUGAGAUUUCAUUGGUACAGGUAUCCUCAUGGAAGAGUUCAGAUGGGAGUUGUAGAGGCAGAUGUUGUGAAAGGUCUUGAAGAAAGUGGUAGGGAAUCAUUAAUUUCAUGAGGAUAUGCUCUUGAGGGAAUUAGUUUCUGGCAGUGUAUGCACAGAAAAUUGGCUGAAUCGUUAAAGAGCAUCUGGAGGCAGAUAUCUCAGGAGAGCAAAGGAAGGAAGGAAGGCUGCUUGCUACCAGUAGUCUUUCCAAGCGAUAUCUUGCUUUGUUCCAUGACUCAUUCUUCUCUAAGGAGAUGUGAGGGAAGUAAUAAUUUCUCCGGUGUGUAUUUACUUUUUUUUCCUACAUGGAAUAUGAUUUGGCAGUCUUUUACUAUUUGUGUUCUUUUAUUCUACCUGUGGAGAUGGUAGUUCAAACUCACUGUGCAGUUCAGGCAUUAGCACUGCACAGCUGUUAAUGAGAAAUAAAUGAGCUGUUUCUGCAUCAUUUAAGCAGGCUUAGAGGGCUUCUGAGUCACCAUGUGAGAAUCACAGCCAAAGCACUUCUCGGGAAUCUGGAGGAGAAAGUCAAAACAAAUAUCCGUGGUGUGGAUGUCUCUUAUAUCCUAAAUUACUCUAAUUAGGCUAAGCUAGUGGCCUGCAGGGAAAUCCAGAUAUUUCCUCAUGGAGACAUAACAGCAUGGAAACUAAAGUUUGUUACCCUGGCUUUUGCUUAGGAAAAAAAAAAGAAUAAAAAUAAUAGGAAAGCUAAAAUAUGAUAACAUAUUCAAAGUUGGCCUCUUUGUAACACAAACUACCUCUUGGUAGCACAACGAAAGACUUAGUUUUGUAUUGACAAAUUUGGUAGGGUUUUUUCUUUUUUUAAGUAAUAAGUAAUUUCCAUUAUGCAUUUUUCUCACAAGUUUUUGAGUAAUGGUGUGUAUGUAGGAUAGCAUUGAUGAGUUCUACUACCUGAGUGCUAGCGUAACUGAAAAAAAUCAUUAAAAAUGUUCUUAUGAUAAAGGGAUGUAUCUUAAAAAUGUUAUAUGUAUUCUGCAUAAACUCUCGAAUUUGGAUCCACUGCAGAGCAUGUAAACUUUCUGGUUGGUCUGAUCAGUUCUUAUUCUAGGACUUUACCACUAGGGCUUCCUGUUAUCCCUCUAUAUGUUGUUGCACCAACUGUUUGUUACAGCACAGGCUGCUUCCUGCAGUGGUGUGCCUGACUUCCACCUCCUUUUCAGUCUCUAUAGCAACACUGUUUCUCAGCAACGGGGAGAUGCUUAGUAAAAUGGCCCCUCAAUUUAGAAAUACUGCACUCAAACCAUAAGAAAAAAAUGGCUUUGAAACAAAGAUCAGAGAAGUUUUAUCUUUAAUAAUUCAGAAUAUUUAUUACUAAUUAAUUAGUGUUCUCAGUCUUGACUGCUGAGACAAUUACCUGAUACUUUGAUCUGGGCCUCUGCCAGGCGUUUGUUGUGAGCAGCAUUCAUUCAAAAGCAAAACCUUUAGAAGUGUGUCUCGAAGUCAACUUUUAAGUGCUGUAGAACUACUGGACUUCCCUGACAGUAUCUUCUAACUUCUGGGCCUUUAGUAGAUAGCUGAGAGAAAGAGAUGUGCUAACACUGGAGUAGAUCCCGCGCAUUUCACCCAAGAGCUCCUACUAUAGUCAAGACGCAGACUCUCCAUAGGAUUUGAUAUAACACCUCAUACCAUCUGUCCGUUUCAAAUGGAUCCAGACCUGCAGGAGGCUUUCAGUGAUGUUCAGAGUUCCGUCUACAGAACAGCCCUAAAACUAUGCUCCGUACAAAGUCUGUGCCAGUUGGAUCUGAUUGAUACUUCCUUGGUUCAGCACAUCCUGCCGAGUGAACAGAGCCAUGGGAAAAAGCAGAUUUCUCUGAAAGUGCAGCAGCUCUCUGAGAUCCUGAAGGAGCUGUUCCAAAGGGUGAGAUUAGAAAAACCAGGCCAGGUAGAUCCAAGAACCGCCAAGUUCACGUUGAGCCUGCUAGCUGCCAUGUAUGACAGAUCUGGAACAGGUUACAUUAGAACUAGGUCUGCUGCAGCUGCCCUAAUUGCCCUUUCAGGAGACAGUCUACUGGCAAAAUACAGAGCUUUCUUUCAGUUUUAUGCUGUCCAUGAUGGGAAGAAGGCCUCGAUUACCCGCAGUGCCCUGAGAAGCCUGCUAACAGACUUAAAUCAGAUCCCAACCAUUGUGGGAGAAGGCUGCACUCGGUCUUGUGUAGAAAUUGCUACUCACAGUUGUUUCCAUGGGGUUCUGAAUCCUGCAAUUGUUGAAGAAAAAUUCCUGUCUUGGCUGAGAUCAGAGCCUGCGCUUCUCCUGUGGCUCCCUACAUGUUACAGAUUAUCUGCCACAAAAAUGGUUUCUCACCAGGUUAGAUGUAGAGUCUGCAAGGAUUUCCCCAUUACAGGACUCAGGUAUCGCUGUCUGAAGUGCCUGAAUUUUGACCUUUGCCAGGACUGCUUUUUCACUGGCCGUCUCAACAAACCGCAUAAGAGGUCACAUCCUGUUGUGGAACACUGUGUGCAGAUGUCAGCAAAGGCAAAUGCAAAGCUCUUUCUCCGCACUGUCAGGAACAACCUGUUUCAAGAGCGCUGCAGAAGAAAGGAGGCUCAGAGAAGGAAGGCUCUGGAGAUAACAGAGAAGAGGCACUUCCCUACUCGGAGAAGUCCUCUUCCCCUUGCAAAGCUCAGUGCAUUACCGCUGUCUGGCUCUGAAAACCUGCCUUUCCCAGUGGACAGACCUGUCCUGGAGUCUCCCAGGAUCAUAUCUGAAAACAAAACUGUAAUGCAGCAGAAUGAGAAUAACACCAAAACUCCUGAGCAAGGCAAGACAGCAGUUCAGGCAAUAGCCUCCUCUGAAACAGAUAUGUUAAAAAUGCAUGAAUCCAUCAGAAGUAUCCACAAUGAGACCAGGUACCUGAAGAAGCAAUUCAGCAAAUUGAAAGACCAAGUACAGUUCCUUCACAACUGCCAGGAAGAGAAAAGCUGCAAAAUAGAGGCAAAGCUCCAAAGCCUGAUGGCAAGCCAUGAAAACCUGCAAAUGAAGCUGCAGCAAGUGAAGCAAGAAGUAAAGGCAAUGUUACAGUCAUCAGACCAUCAGUCAUUUGUACUGUGUAAAAACAUGAUGUCAAGAAAUCUGGAAGGAACAGUGCAGGGUGAAUUAAAUCCUGCCCCAAUAAAGCCCAUUUCCAGAAAAUGUACAGACUGGAAAUCUGUGAAUCCCCCCAACUCUGCAAAUAGAAUGCAGGUUUUACAGGCACCAGAGGCUACCGCUGCAGGGAACUUUAUGUUCUCAGAAGAUCCACUGGAGUUAGUGUCCUUGCAGAGUGACAGACCUUUUAUUGGACAGUGUAAAGAAGCAAAAGAGAAUCAAACACAUCUGCCCAAAACAACAGAAAACUCCCUCAGGGGAAUCAUGAGGAAUACAGCUCUUAUUCCCACGGCAGUACAGAUACCACCUCAUGAGAAAGAAGUCAGAGAGGAAGCAGAACUGCAGCAGCUAGUGAUGAAACUGAAGGAAGCGUUGUCUGUCCAAGCCCAACCAGCUCAGGAGUCUGCUUUGAAGCAGGAGUUCUUGUCUACAGCUGAACAUGUUUGCAGAUCCUUCUCUGACCUCAUCAACCAAGUAACUUUGCCAGUGUGGAAGUGAUGGAAACUAGCAUUCACCUUACAGCAUCACAGAAAUAUUGAAGGUAGCUGAAGCUUUGCCAGACUCAAAAGUAUCUCAGAUAUUGCAGUGUCAUAACAUAGCAUAGCAGAGUUCUGCCUUUACUAACUUCACUGGGAACUGUAAACUGAUGUUAGAGAAGGGUAUUCUAUUAGUGCUUUCCAGCUCCUUUGCAGAAGAGGUAGGGCCAGCUGAUAAAAUUCAGCAUGUCUUCACUAAUGCUACACUAGUUUACACAACCUGUCCUGUGCUUUCUUAUCACUGCUUUAUAACUGAUAAUGCCUUGUGUUUCAGGAACAUCUGUUUUUUACGUGAGAGAUGGCUUGGGUCAGCUAGUUUCAGUGAUUUAUCAUCUGUCAUAUCAUUGUUUCAUAGACUGAAUGGAAGGAAUAAAUUCUUAACUGUCAGCCUUUUCAAUACUUAAGUAUUCACAUUUUUGCAAACAGUUGAAUUCAUAUUUAAAGGAAAAGAUGCUCCGAAGAGAGAUUGCGUUAGAAGGGCCUUUCCGUUAUUGCUUAAUGUACAUGUAAGUAUAGAAUUUAUAAUAAGAAUGUAAUGCUACUUACAGCAUCUAACAUACUGGAAAAGUAUUUUUUCUUUGGUUGCUAGCACUGUGUAUUUGACAGAAACUUUUCUAAAACUCUUAGAGUAUUAAAAAUACUUUUCAAGCCUAUACACACACACAUACAGGCAUAUAUAUGCAUGUAAGUAAACACAAGCUGUGCGGAAGUUUGUAAAUAGAUGAUUGGCUUCAGCUAACAACAGAUGCACUUAUUGAAGUCAAUUGCAAAGCUUCUAUUAGACGUCAGCAGAGAAGCGGCCUGAGAUUUGAAGAGAAAGGAAAAUACCAGGCCAAAGCACCACCAAAUAUGGGAUAUACAUCCGUGUCACAGCCCAGCUUCGUUUCUUAUGAUAAUGGCUACAUGAAAGCCUUAGAAGGAAUUUUGCUCAUUCUUACAAGAAAAAGAACAGGUGCUCAUUGCUUUCCUUUUAUCGCUACCUGUUGGCUGCAUGUUUCUUACAACAGUGCCUCUUCGGUGAUUUCAGUGAGAUACAUCAGUAUAACAUGUGAUGCUAGAGAGAAUCAUCAAAUGUGCAUUGUUCUAAUGAUAGCAGUUCUGAAGAUUGAGGUAAUGAGUGAAGACAGGGUAUGUUAACGAUAAUUAAAGAUGUUAUUACAAGAUGUACUUUUUUCAGUUGCUAAUUACUUGUUAAAUGACAACAUGAACUAAUGACACACUUACUUACUGAUUCCUUAGAAGGGCAGAUAGUUGCCCAGUUCUCUGUCUUCAGCUGUUGAUACACCAUGGUUUGAGUUCUUUCCUAGGAAUUUUGCUAUAUCUCUUUCUGAUGACAGCAACAAGUAAAACACUUAUUCUGAUAGUGCACAAAAGUAUUUUAAAGAUCUGAGAAAUAUGAAUGAUUCAGUACCACUUCAGAGAGUGAAAUUAUAGAUCCAGCUACUUGCUAUCAUUGUUCUGGAGGAGGUAUACAAAAAAUAGUGAAUGAGUGUGUGGAUGUGGGCUCAAAAGCAGUCGUGGUUCAAUAACAAUUUACAUACUCUUAAGUGUUUAGUUGAAAUCACUG